CAAUCUCUUCCUUCAGCUUCCAGACUUUUCGACGGGGCCUGUACUUUCCCCUGGCUUCUUUAACACUCUUCAAGAUACAGUACUGUGAAAAGGUUUGUUAACAUCGUGUUCGUGUAACGAGCGUGGUGCACACGAACCACGAUAAAAUCGUGGUCUUCGUGUAUAACAAAUAUUCAAACAUUCUAUCGUGGCCACCACGCUAAUAUAAUUAUCUCCACGAAGGAUCGUGUGUCCCACGAUCUUUUUCGCGAGCUCCACGAUUUAUAUAGAUUUAAUUUUUUUUCUUUUCAAAAGCGUCGGUAAUUUGUUUUAUUGAGUUUAACGAACGGACGCAAUUAAAUGUUUUGUACGAAAUGUUAUUUUGUAAAGAAAAGUUAAAUUUGUCUGACCAUAAUUUAAUUUCAGUUUUUAAAACUUUAAUAACGCCCGUCUCAAACACAUCUCAUUGUUUUGCCGAUAUUUUUUUGCCAAAAGAACUCUGUUCAAGAAAACGUUGAACCGAAAAUAUAUGCAAAAUAUUUAACAGUCAUUAAAUUAAAGUAGAUUUUAAAAGCGUAUUUGGUCAUCGAGUUUUUCUUUCUUUUAUGUCUUAUCUAUUUUGCUGAUGUAUCUUUCUCUAAUUUUGUCGGCGUCUUUAAAAGUCAGCUGAGCAAUUAGUUUCUCUUUGAAAAAAAAAGUUAAAUAUGGAUGCUCUGUUUGGCGAAACCAUUUAUACAAUUUACAAAUCAAGACAUGGUGCUUCCAAAAUAUUUCAGACAGUGAAUAAUAAAUCUUAAACAAAAAAGAAUGACCUAUACGCAGAUUAGCAAAAUUAUUGAAGAGGAAGAUGGCAAAAAGAUUUCACGGCAAACAAUAUCAAAAAUUGUUCGAAGAUUUAAUGAAACGAAAUCGCUAGCGCCAAAACGAAAGAGUGGUCGAAAAAGAAAACUUACAUUAGAUCAUCAUAAUUUUAUUGACAAAUGCUAUGAAAACAACGAUGAACUAACUUCAGUUGAUGUUCAAAAACUUGUUAAAAGUGAAUUUCAGCUUGACGUCUCGUCAUCAUGCAUUCGACAAGCAAGACAAAAAAUAGGCUGGACCCUAACUGGUCCCCGCUAUUGCCAGUUGGUGCGUGUACCGAAUCAAGUGUUAAGACUGGAGUUUUGUCAGAAACUUCUUCGGACCAAUGAGCAGUUCGAAGACGUAAUCUUCACCGAUGAAUCAACCAUAAUGAUGGAUAAUCACGGAAAAAUAUGUUUCCGUAAAAAAGGCCGUCUUCCAAACUUAAAACCCACUGCAAAACAUCCUUACAAAAUACAUGUAUGGGCGGGUAUAUCAACAUCUGAAGAUGCACAUGAUCAGCCUAGAGGUACAACAGAGCCUGAACAUGAUCAUCCUCAAAGCAAUACAGAGCAGAGUGAUAACAAUCUCUUUCCUGUGUCAUCUUAUGAGGAGUACGGAUUAAUUGAUAACGCACCUACGAAUCAUAUGACCAGUAUUAACUGCCAACCUGAAGAGUUGCUAAGACAUAACAUAGAUUUUGAUGUAAGCAAACACUACUAAAGAAUUAUUUAAAAUUUUACAGUUUUAUUUAAUACCCUAUGGACGGCGCUUGAUUCACGAAGGAUUAAAAUCUUUUAUAUAGCUAGCCUUAUAACAACGAAUUAAAACAAAAAAAUGUUAAUUUAUUUUUUUGCCGUCGGUUUUUAAUUUAAUUGAUAAACUAAUACGGUCUUUGUUGUUUUACAAUAGAAGUUAUCUAUCGUGGAAGCCACGAUGUAAUAUUUAAUUUUCGUUCGUGUAGUCCACGAAACAUGAUCGUGAGGUCCACGAUUUUUAAAAAAAUACGUAUCGUGGGCUAUCGUGGUUCGUGCGUAACAUGAAAUAAACACGAACCACGAUGUUAACAAACCUUUUCACAGUACUGUAAUAUCACAAACCAGCAACCUAUGCUGGGAAACACACUCUUCCCCCGAUAUAACUUUCACGUCCUUCACCACUUUCUUGUCUGACUUUCUAACCAAAAAGUAAUCUAUCUGUGUCUUACAACCACCUGACUCAUA